CUCACAGCGACCUUCCCCGUUGCCUCCUUACAGUUAUUUUAUCAUCCUUCCAAAAAAAAAAAAACAAAGAAAAAAGAAAAUUGGAAAAGCCUGAUAAAAAAAGAAAAGCUCUAACAUCGGAGAUCGAUCUGGCAUUGUCGCCGGUAUGGGAGUGCCGAGCGACGACGCCGUUUUGAUCCAGAAAGGAAACAAGCAAGGAGAGCCUCAUGUAAUCACCGUUAAUUGUCCUGAUAAGCACGGCCUAGGAUGCGAUAUUUGCCAUAUAAUUCUCGAUUUCGGUCUUUACAUCGCCAAAGGAGAUGUUUCAACGGAUGGAAUUUGGUGCUAUAUGGUGUUUUGGGUGGUUCCUCAUUCGAGCUCACCUGUUGUGAGGUGGCCAAGCUUGAAGAACCGCCUUCAAUCCUUAUGUCCUUCUUGUUCGGUGACAUUUUACUUGAAUGAUCAACCUUCCAACUCCCUGGCUUCUCCGGUUUACUUGUUGAAGUUCUUUUGCCUUGACCGGAAAGGAUUGCUACAUGAUGUUACACAGGUUCUCUGUGAGCUUGAGCUCACAAUUCAAAAGGUUAAAGUUACAACAACCCCAGAUGGCAGAGUCCUCGACCUCUUCUUUAUAACUGAUAACAUGGAGCUUUUACACACCGAAGAACGGCAACAUCACUUAUGUAAACAAUUAGAUGCCGUGUUGGGUGAUUCAUGCAUCAGUUGUAAACUCAGGUUGGCUGGUCCAGAGUAUGACUGUCAUCAUGGUAUCUCAUCUCUUUCUCCUGCUGUAGCAGAAGAGUUAUUUCUUUUUGUGCUAUCCGAUAAAGAGACUCGUUCGCAAGCUCUUAGCUCAGAUAUGACAGAAUUGAAGAAAGCAAAUGUGGUAGUAGAUAAUUCAUUGAGCCCAGCUCAUACAUUACUUCAAAUACAUUGUGUUGAUCACAAAAGUCUUCUCUACGAUAUCUUGAGAACUUUGAAAGACUGCAAUAUCAAGAUAGCUUUUGGCCGGUUCUCACCAAAUUCCAAAGGCUACCGUGAUUUGGACCUCUUUAUUCAGCAAAAGGAUGGCAAAAAGUUUGUGGAUCCUGAGAAGCAAAAUGGGCUAUGCUCUCGUUUGAAGGUGGAAAUGCUUCACCCAUUGCGUGUCAUCAUCGCAAACCGGGGGCCUGAUACAGAACUUCUGGUUGCUAAUCCAGUUGAGUUAUCUGGAAAGGGGAGACCAAGAGUUUUCUAUGAUGUUACACUAGCUUUAAAGGCUCUUGGAAUUUGCAUAUUUUCGGCUGAAAUUGGAAGAUAUUCGAGUUCAGAUCGAGAAUGGGAAGUCUACAGAUUCCUUUUGGAUGAGAACUGCGGAUUCCAAUUAUCGAGUACGUUAGCUAGAAAUCAGAUUGUAGAUAGAGUUAGAAGAAUGCUGAUGGGUUGGUGAGUGCAGUCAAUCUUCUUUGUACAUGUCUUAUGAGUCCCUCCAUAACUAAGAUGUUAUUUUCUCCUGGUUUCUACUAUUGAGCUUUAAUAAUCUCCGAGUCUUGAUUCA